GGCAAAUCGCACCACAAACGUACAGCUUUAUUUCAGAUCCCACAUUGUUAAAAGAAAAAGUUGUUUCAUCUUACUCAAUACUAGCCAUUCGAUCUUAAUCGAACGGUACAGAUCACGCGUGUGUACUUAUGUCACGUUGAAUCUGUGACACGCACUCACAUCCUCUUUCCUCUCCCCAUCUCUCUCCUCUGCAACUCCGGUGGUCGAGAAACCCUUACCACCUCCGAAACACCGUCGUUUUGUUUUCCGAAACUCACUCUCCCCCCGCGUUUUCCAUCAUUCGGAAGAGAACUGCUUUCAACGAAUUCGGUUUUUUCACAACUAUUCAUGGAAGACUCGUGAAUUUCCGGAGCUUACCAUUUUUUCUGCGAGUUAGGUUAUUUAUUCUUCUUAUCAAUUUAAUUUUUGCUAUACGUUUCAUCAAUGAAUUCCGUCAAUUUUUUGGAUUAAGCUUCAGUUUUGUUAUGGUAGGCUAUGAAUUAGACACGGAGUAGCAUAGGGAGUAUACAUUGUUUCAAAUGGAUGUGCAUGUGAUAAAUGUCGAAGAAGAAAGUGAUCAUCAAGCUAAGUCAGAUGACGGAGAUUUAGAACCUAGUGACAGUGAAAUUAAUAAUGCUGAAAACUCUGGAUUUUAUGUUGAGGAUGGGAUUUCCGAGCCGUAUUUGGGUAUGGAAUUUGAUUCGGAAGAUGUUGCCAAGACUUACUAUGAUGAUUACGCUAAGCACAUGGGUUUUAAUUCUAAGGUUGGCUCACAUAGUCGCGCUAAAGCCGACAGGACGAAUAUGUAUAAGGAGUUUGUGUGUGAAAGGGAAGGUUUAAAGAAAAGGUUUAAUGAUGGAUGUGAUGCAAUGAUUAGGAUUGAGCUGAAGGGUCAGAAUAAAUGGGUUGUAACCAAGUUUGUGAGGGAGCAUAGUCAUUCAUUGGGGAGUUCCAGCGAGGCACCCACUCUUCAGCUACGUAAGCAUUUUUCCAGUGUCGGAAGGACUAUGCCUGAAACUUAUCAAGGAGUUGGACUUGUUCCGAGUGGUGUCAUGUAUUUAUCUGUGGAUGGGAGUCAUAUUUCUAAUCAGAAUAGUUGCGCGGUGCUAAAUAUUCAUGCUGCCACUGCUUCUGAACUAAGUCACCAUGUUAAAAAUGCCACAUCGGGGAAUUGUACCAGGCCGUCUUUUCAAAACAGGACAUUAGGGAAGGAUGCCCAUUAUCUGCUGGAGUAUUUUAAGAAAAUGCAGGCUGAGAACCCUGGUUUCUUCUAUGCUAUUCAACUGGAUGAAGACAAUCAUAUGUCUAAUGUCUUUUGGGCAGAUGCCCGAUGCAGGACAGCUUAUAGUCAUUUUGGUGAUGCAGUUCAUCUGGAUACCACAUGCAGAGCUAACCAGUAUAGAGUGCCAUUUGCUCCUUUUACUGGAGUAAACAAUCAUGGUCAGGUGGUUUUGUUUGGUUGUGCACUCCUUUUUGAUGAUUCUGAGGCUUCUUUUUUGUGGCUCUUUAAGACAUUUCUCACAGCAAUGAGUUACCGACAGCCUGUCUCGAUAAUUACCGAUCAAGACAGAGCCAUACAGGCAGCAGUUUCACAAGUUUUCCCACAAACUCGCCACUGUAUUAACAAGUGGCAUGUCUUGAGAGAAGGCCAGGAAAAGUUGGCCCAUGUGUGUCUAUCGCAUCCAAAUUUUCAAGGUGAACUUUAUAAUUGUAUUAACCUGACAGAAACCAUCGAGGAGUUUGAAUCAUCUUGGAAUUCUAUCCUUGAUAAAUAUGAGCUUAGAAGCAAUGAUUGGCUUCAGUCCCUGUAUAUUGCCCGUGCUCAAUGGGUUCCAGCAUACUUCCGUGAUUCAUUUUUUGCUGCAAUGUCUCCUAAUCAAGGAUUUGGUGGUUCUUUUUUUGAUGGUUAUGUCAUCCAACAGAUGACAUUGCCAUUGUUCUUUAAGCAAUAUGAAAAAGCUUUAGAGAGCUGGAUUGAAAAGGAAAUAGAAGCAGACUUCGAGACAAUUUGCACAACACCAGUUUUGAGGACACCUUCACCAAUGGAGAAACAGGCUGCUAAUCUUUAUACAAGAAAAAUAUUUUUGAAGUUUCAGGAAGAGCUAGUUGAAACUUUUGUUUAUACUGCAAAUAUAAUUGAAGGAGAUGACAUAAAUAGCACAUUCAAGGUUGCAAAAUUUGAGGACGUUGACAAGGCAUAUACUGUUGCAUUCAACCAUGCUGAAUUGAGAGCUAACUGUACUUGCCAAAUGUUUGAGUAUUCAGGCCUUCUUUGCAGGCACAUUUUAACUGUUUUCACUGUGACAAAUAUACUUACAUUACCAUCCCAUUACAUCUUAAUACGGUGGACAAAAAAUGCAAAAAGUAGUGCUGGAUCAGAUGAUCGUAUUGCUGAAUUACAUAGUCAGGAGUCUCUGACAUUGAGGUACAGUAAUCUAUGUCGAGAAGCCAUAAGAUAUGCCGAGGAAGGAGCAGUAACUGUGGAAACUUAUAAUGCUGCAGUGACUGGUCUUAAAGAAGGUGCAAAGAAGGUUGCUGCAAUGAAAAGAAGUGUUGCCAAAGCAACACCUCCUAAUAAUCAAGUCAGCGGGACUACUUAUAAUGACAAGAAAGCCACCAUCAGUUCAGCUUCAGAUUUAACUCCUCUUUUGUGGCCGCGACACGAUGAAAUAACAAGGAGGUUUAAUCUUAAUGAUUCUGGUGGUCCAGUUCAAUCAGUUGCUGACCUAAAUUUACCACAAAUGGCCCCAGUGUCUCUUCAUCGAGAUGAUGGUUCAUCGGGAAACAUGGCGGUUCUUCCAUGCCUAAAAUCAAUGACAUGGGUAAUGGAGAACAAAAACUCGAGUCUUGGGAAUAAAGUAGCUGUUAUCAAUCUAAAGUUGCAAGAUUAUGGUAGGAGUCCAUCAACGGAAUCCGAGGUUAAGUUUCAGCUCUCAAGAGUUUCUUUGGAGCCAAUGCUGAAGUCUAUGGCUUAUAUCAGUGAACAGCUCUCAACACCAGCAAAUAAGGUUGCUGUAAUAAAUCUCAAGUUUGAAUUUGGUUCCUUUUGAUACCAAGAACUGAACCAACGCAUGACUUCUCCCUCCAUGCUCAUGAAAGCCCUUUGCAGCUAAUCAAAUUCGUGAGUUUCUUGCAACUCAAUUUUUUUUCCAGCCCUUGCAAGCCAUCCAAUGGGGUCUUUCCCCGUAAAAGUUGCCAAAUUCACCCUAUGUGACGCUUCCAUCUCCAACAACACUGGCACUCCUUGAAGAUCUGGCAGGUUUGGACGAAUUGUUAGGAACCCAUGAAUUGAAUUCCAAAGAAAGAACAUAUUUAUUGAAAAAUAGAAUAGAAUAGGAGAGAACCUCUCCUCAAGGGUUUCCCCUUCACAAUAGAGUUGUUACCUUAUUCAUAAAAUGAUUAAAAAUAUUCAAUAAUAUCAACUCUACAUUGUAUUUUUCCUAUUAUACAAAUAGCCAUAUAACAACCUCAACUAACUAAAUUCCAUAACAACCCUUAACUACUCUAACUAACCACUAUUCUACAUCCUAACAGAGAAUCCCUUCAUUAAGGGGAGAAAUCAAUUCCUAUAAAUAUAUAAUUAUAUACAUACAAAUUACUGCAAAUCUCAAUGGGAUCAAACGGCACAAUUAUGUUCUAUAAUAUAUCAUGAAGUAACUGUCAGAUUACAUGGACUCAUGGAGCAGUAGUUUUAUAUAAUGUGGUUGUGUUAAUAGAAAGAGAGAAAUGGAAGAAGAGAGAUAGAUAGAUCUAGAGUAUUCCAUAUUUUGUUAUUAUGAAAUCUCAAAAGACAAAUUAUCUACAAUACUCAUUAGGUUGAAUUUUAUAACUCAAUCAAACUGUGCUGGCUCGGCGCAGUCAGGUACAGUUUGUUACAAGCCUUUAGGCGUUGUUUGGCUAAGCUAUAUUUACACAUAUAUACUUAACUAUUAUUCUAUUACGUGUUACUUAUUUUCUUUUGUUUGGAUAAUUCUUUGUGGAAAUAGUCACAUAUGUUUACUUUUGGUUCAAUAAUGAAUCUAUAUGAUAUUAUCAAAAUCAUAUAAUUCUCAAUUUCAAUCAAACAACUAGAUCCAAUGCACAAUUUCAGAGCGGAAUCGAUGUGGUAUUGCAUUAAUAGGUGCAAUUCGAUAUAUUUUAUUUUCCUUUCUAAAUGAUUCUUAUUUGAGUUAUGACGCUAAAAAUUGAUAGUACAAUUACAAUAUUUUUAGGUUGUUUGCGAUGGAUCCAACCUGGAUUGGUAUGACCUCAUUGUUAAAAGCCACAUGAAUUUGGAUUUCCCUUUCAAGUACUAACCAGAUUCUUAUGAAAUUCAGUGAAGGCUGAUAGCAAUUUGUUUUUCCAUGUUACUAUUUGUUAAGAAAUGUGGUUGGGUCUAACUCAACCCUACAAAACCUUAUAAAGUGUUUUAACACACUCCCUCACAUUUAGAACUAGACAACAGAAGCGUGGAAAUAAAUGGUGGUAGAGUGAGGAAUGUGGUUGGACCUAACACAUGCUUUGAUACCAUGUUAAGAAAUGUGGUUGACCCUAACUCAAUCCUACAAAAUCAGUUGGUAGAGUGAGGACUGCCCCCACUUAUAAACACAUGUUCAGGCCAUAUAUCAUCCGAUGUGGGACUUUUAACACUUUUCAAUUUUAUUGUGCUUUCUUCUUUUUAAUAUUUACUCCAUAAUGUAAGGACUUAGUUUGCUUGUAUUGUGACUUUUAAAAUUGAUUUAAUAAUUCGUGGGUUCUAUUAUUUCCAGGUGGCCAACUAUUGUGUUACUGAGCAUUGUCUUCAGUCAUAUGCUCACAUAUAUGAUAUAACUUCUUUUUAAAGUUGUUAUUCAGUUUGAUACUGUAUCUUACAAAUACAGUUUUUAUUCACAAUUUGGAAAUCAGAAGCAUUAUUAGGUCUUACUGAUCACCAGUGCUCCCUCCCUCUCUCCCUCCCUUAAAGAAUAGAAAGAAAGAUAUCGAUAAAAACAAAUGCUGAAAUAACUUGUCACUAAUUAUAUCACGACCUCAUGUCUCUUGUUUUGUUGUAGCAUAUUAUACUCUUAUGUGUUAUUAUUUGAUUAUCUGACAUUGACCUGCUUUUUGUUUGU